AUGGGAUUUAUAACGAGAAUAUUAAGGCUUGGACGUAACAUUCGGAAACCACUUCCUGACCGUGUCGAUUACACGAAGUGGAACAAAGACGAGCUUAUCAAUAGAAUCAUAGAGUUGGAAGGUCAAAAGAAGCGCAAGGCAGAUGAAACAGAUGAAGUAGAGACCCAAAUUGCCAAACGACCAAAGCCUACCAAAGAAAUAACUAGAAAACGCAAGAAAAAAGAUCGGCCAUUCAACUUCUCGAAGUACAACACACGGUUCAUAGCAAUAAAGUUUGCGUAUCUCGGCUGGAAUUACAAUGGCCUUGCAAUUCAGAAAGAGCCAACCCCGUUGCCCACUGUGGAAGGCACAAUACUCAAAGCCAUGAAUGCUUGUAAGCUUGUACCAUCGAUGAAUCCUCAAGACUAUAAGUUUAGCAGAUGUGGGAGAACGGACAAGGGAGUUAGUGCCAUGAACCAGGUUAUAUCGCUUAAUGUGAGGUCCAGUUUAACACACGAACAGCAACAAAAUAGUUUUUUUGAUGACAAGGAAAUAAAUUACGCUCAUAUCUUGAACCAAGUAUUACCAGAUGACAUCCGCGUUUCUGCUGUCUGUUUACGUCCUCCGGAGAACUUUGACGCCAGAUUCUCUUGUCAAUACCGUCACUACAGAUAUUUGUUCAGGGGGGAUGGCCUUAACAUAGAAAAGAUGCACGAAGGAGCACUGUUGUAUGAAGGUGAACAUGAUUUCAGGAACUUUUGUAAGCUCGAUGGUUCAAAACAGAUUACAAACUACAAGAGAACUAUAAAGUCAUCACGCAUUAUUAAGUUGAGUCAUAACUUAUAUUGCUUGAAUCUCAUCGGCUCAGCAUUUUUAUGGCACCAAGUUCGCUGCAUGAUGGCCAACUUGUUUCUCGUGGGUCAAGAAUUAGAAAUGCCCUCUGUGAUCACCGACAUGCUAGAUAUCGAAAAAGUGAAGCAAAAGCCAAUUUACGACAUGGCGAGCGACAUCCCACUGAUACUUUACGACUGCAGCUUUCCGGAAAUGGACUGGACUAGCGCCAAUCAGGGUGACUUCAAGUCUUUACAAUCAAAUAGGCGGGUUUAUUCGAUGGCUUUGGACUAUGGCUUGAAAGCUGAUAUUUCCGAUGUAUUUGCUGAUGUCCUUUCUGUUGAUCAACAGGACCUUGGUGGUAGGACGAGAAUCAAUCUAGGCGACGGUAAGGGGAAAGUAGUAGGAAUUUAUGAAUCUUUAUUGAGAAGAGAGGUCAUGGACUCUGUGGCCACGGUUAAUGAAAAGUUCAAACGUAAAAAGUCCAAAAAAACGGACUCUUAG